AUGGAUUCGCAAGUGUGUUUCGCGUUUGUGUGUUUAUUCGCUUUCUUGAGUGGUUCGUUACCAGUACAUGGGCUACGUUUAGCGGAGCAAAAAUGUCAGGAGUACAAGAAGAUCAUUGUUACCUUAAAGCCCGACACAGCUGGCUGGUCAAACGAUUUUGUCACGGUCCCGAACGGCGUUAACGCACGUGACGGUGAGUUUCCACACCAGGUUCGGGCCGGUCAGUGGUUCUACGAGGACGAAGAUACCAGCUUCAUUCUACGGUGCGGUGGUGCACUGAUCAGUGAGCAGUACGUGUUGCUAUCAGCGCACUGUCUGUGGACCUUGGGCGAUGAUUAUGUAUCCCUGGGACGUCACGAUUACACGCGUAACUCUAGCCACGCCGAGGUGACUAUCGAGCGCAACGAGACGAUACUCUAUCCGAACUACGACGAGUUUACCAAAACCCAGUACGAUGACAUUGCGCUAGUGCGUCUGGCGAAGCCGGUCACAUUUACCAGCUACAUCUACCCGAUAUGUCUUUGGACUGAUGUUGAGAAACUCUCCGAGCUGCAAAAGUAUAUUGCUACGGGCUUCCGCAAGGGUCAGCAAGUAAACGACACACAGGACACGCAAUUAGUCAAGUUGCAGUUUAAACGUCUCCUUAAUCAGGAUUGUACACGGGAGUAUGCUGAUAGUCCCUACUAUCCGGACGGUAUUCCUGCUAAUCAGCUGUGUGUGCAAUCGCCAGUGGAAUGGAGUGACGCCUGCGAAGGAGAUGCCGGAGGUCUGCUCCAAACGCUCGAGGACGAUCGCACCGGUCUUUAUCGCUUGCUCGGUGUGGAAGGCAAGGGCCAAGAGUGUGAUCAGGCGCACGGGAUGUACACCUACACUAGGGUGGAGAAGUACUUGGAUUGGAUCGAAAAUAUUGUGUGGGGCACCAGCAGCAGUUAA